AUGGCAGUUAGGUCAUUUUGGUUUGUGUUUCUAGUGUUAAUCCUAGUUGUAGUUUUGAAUGUCAAAGCAAGAGAAAUUCCACAACAACCCAAAAACACUACUAGUACUACUAAUAAUCUUAACCCAUCAACCAAAGAUGUACCAAAAGACAGUGACAAAAUGAAUAGGGAUAAGAAAUGCGGUAUCUUCUUUGCUGGAGUUGGAGCAGCUGGAGGAGUUGGUGGUGCUGCUGGUGUUAUCCCUAUCGAUAAGGGAUUUGGUACUCUACCCACUUUCGGAGGCCUUGGUAGUACUGGUGCUGGUACCGGUGGUGGCCUUGGUGGUGGAAGUGGUGCUGGUCUCGGUGGUGGUCUUGGUGGAGGUUCUCCUCCUAGUAGUCCUCUUGUUCCCAUUAGUCCUUGA